AUGGCCAGCACAUUCCAAUCCUCAGUCGCGGCGUCGAUGCCCUCGGAGACGGGCUCCCCUCUCACGUCCUUCCCUAUCCCCUCGUUCUUGACGGCCGCCUCGGGCCAGGCGUCAUGGCUCUACACUGUCGGCGCGCUGGUCAUCACUUUCCUGGCCAUCGAGCAGGGCGUGUACCGUAUGAGGAAAGCUCAUCUCCCCGGCGACAAGUGGACAAUCCCUAUAAUCGGCAAGUUCGCGGACUCGUUGAAGCCGACUAUGGAGGGUUACAUGAAGCAAUGGCAAUUCCCAUUAUCCGCUCUGUCGGUGUUCCACAUUUUCAUUGUCAUGGCCUCUUCGAACGAGUACUCCCGCAAGAUUUUGAACUCGCCCAACCACGCCGAGCCUUGCCUGGUCUACUCUGCUAAGCAGAUCAUUUGCCCGGACAACUGGGUGUUCCUCGCCGGUAAGGAGCACGUCGAGUACCGUCGUGGCCUCAACCUGCUCUUCACGCACAAGGCACUUGGUGUCUACCUCACCAUGAUGGACCGUAUUGCCCGCGAGCACAUCACGAAGUGGCUGAAGGAGGCAGGCCCGGAGGGCAAGCCGUUCCCUAUCAUGAUGAAGAUUCGCGACCUCAACAUGAUUACUUCGCUUCGCGUCUUCUGCGGCAACCAUAUCACGUCGGAGGCCGCCCAGGAGAUCUCCGACAACUACUGGUCCAUCACGCUCGCGCUCGAGCUCGUCAACUUCCCGCUCGCUAUCCCCGGUACCAAAGUCUACCGCGCCAUCCAGUGCCGCAAGGCCGCAAUGCGCUACCUUGAGCACGCCGCCCAGAUGUCGAAGGACGCCAUUGCUGAGGGAAAGGAGCCUGAGUGCAUGCUUGAGCACUGGGUCGCACUUCUCCAGGACCCGUCGUACAAGUACCGUCGCGACUUCUCGAACCGCGAGAUGGCCCUCGUCGUCUUCUCCUUCCUCUUCGCCUCCCAGGACGCCAUGUCUUCCGGUCUCACCUACGGCUUCCAGCACCUCGUCGAUCGCCCCGAGAUGCUUGCCAAGGUCCGUGAGGAGCAGUACGCGGUUCGCGGCAGCGACCUCUCAGCUCCCCUCACGCUCGAGACGCUCGACCAGAUGCCCUACCUCCGCGCUUUCACCAAGGAGAGCAUGCGCGUGAAACCCCCUGUCACGAUGGUUCCCUACAAGACGCUCAAGGCCUUCCCGAUCUCUGACGACUACACCGUCCCCGCCGGCGCCAUGGUUAUCCCGUCCUUCUACAACUCGUUGCACGACCCGGAGGUAUACCCCGAGCCCGAUCUUCUCUCGCCUGAGCGCUGGCUCGACCCCGAGAGCGGCGCGAACCAGAACCCCAGGAAUUACCUCGUCUUUGGUUCGGGCCCGCAUAAGUGCAUCGGCAUCGAGUACGCCAUCAUGAACAUCGAGGUCUGCUUGGCGCUCGCGAGCACGGCGAUGGACUGGGAGCACAUCAGGACAGAUAAGAGCGAGGAGGUCAAGAUCAUCGCCACGCUUUUCCCUCAGGACGACUGCAUCAUGCGCUUCACGCCCCGCGCAUGA